CUGUUCGACCGCCCGAGACGAGUUAUGUUCAUCACUCUCUAAGGUUUAGUUUUAUUAAAUUAGAAAUACACAAUGACGAACCCAGACAGUCGGUUUAAGGCUGGUAAUAUAUGCAGGAUAUACGUCAAGGACUUCUUAACGUUUGAUGAGAUUGAGGUGCGACCGAACCCCCAUCUCAAUUUCAUCAUUGGCCCUAACGGCACUGGAAAGUCGACCAUCUUGUGUGCCAUCUGCAUAUGUCUUGGAGGGAAACCAUCUAUUACUGGUAGAGGCAAGGAGGUAUCAGACUACGUGAAGCAUGGGAAGACCUCGGCCAUCCUUGAGACGGAGAUAUACGUAGAAGGCAAUAAAACAAAUAUUAUCAUCAGGCGGGAGUUUGACCGCAAAAAGAAAUCAACAUGGUUCCUGCAGGGGACGGAGGUGUUGAAGAAAGUGAUAGAAUCAAAGAUUGCAUCACUUAACAUCCAGGUCGACAACUUGUGCCAGUUCCUCCCCCAGGACAGAGUUGCCAACUUUGCCAAGAUGAACCGAAUUGAAUUACUGGAAGCAACAGAGAAGGCUGUGGGUGAUACCAGUCUCUUUGAACAACAUGACCUCCUUCUUAGCAGUGGCCACAGAAUGCGUGACUUACGGGCAAAACUUAAAAAAUUAGAGUCAGAGCUAGACACGGCUAUUAAAAGAAAUGCUGGGUUGAAGGAUGCAGUUAAAAACCACGAGACCAAGAAUGAUCUCGACAAACGCAUCGAGAAACUGAAAAAAAUGCAACUGUGGUUCCUCUAUGACGAGAAACGGAAGAAGCAUACUGAGGUUAGGGAGGACCGUGAACAGUUACGGAUCAGGCUGGAAAACAAACGCAAAGACUUGGAUCCAUCUCACAACAAAAUAGCACAGAAAAAGACCAUGGUGCAUGACCUCAAGAAACUGAUACGUGAGAAGGUCGAUGAAGUGGAGAAGAAAGAGGCCAUGGAUGAAAAUUUUGAGUUCCAAUAUGAAACAUUUGAAGAGUACAUGCAGGAUGUCCACAGGGAGUUCACCGCCACGAAGCAAGAGGAGGAACAGCGCGAACGAGAACUGGUCGACUUGUGCAGACAGAUGGAUGUACUUAAUGGGCAGUUGCAGAACCUCCCGGAGAUAGACGAUGAUCUGGCCACCAUGAAUCUGAAGAAGCUGACAGACAGGAUUCAGGACGCUUCUCAGAAUAUUGCCAAGUUGCACAAUAGACAACAAGAAGCCGUCAUGGUGAAGCGGUCUGCCGAGCGAAGUAUCUCUGCCUUUGAGCGGGAGUUAGCAAGCAUCCAAGAUGUCAGCCACCAACGCCUGGAGCUCCUUAACAAGAGGAACCCUGAUGCUUACCUUGCUGCCCAGUGGCUCGAGAAAAACCAGGGUAGAUUUGCUGCUCCUGUACACCUACCCAUGUGCACCCUGCUUAACGUGAAGGAUCCCAAGUUUGCCAAAUAUGUAGAGAAUCGAGUGAGUGGAAAUGACCUGGUGUCGUUUGUGUGUGAAAACAAGGAUGAUAUGAAUCUUUUUAAAGAACUGAUGGAUAAACAGUCGAUUCGUGUCAACAUUGUGUACUCCACAGCGACCGAUUUGACUCAGUUUAAACCCCAAGUACCCUUGGAAAACCUGAGGCAAUUUGGGUUUCAGUGGUAUAUGCUGGACUGUAUCGACGCUCCACCUGCCAUACUGAGUUACUUGUGUCGUAACUAUGAUGUCCACCGCAUACCCAUAGCUGAGAAAGGGGACUAUAGUGCCGUCCCUCCUGGGGUGACGUUCUUCUUUAUGGGUGAUCAGCGGUAUUCAAAAAGUAGGUCUCGCUAUGACGGUGAAUGGUCCACUACCAUCUACCCUAUAAGAAAUGCUGAACUGUUGCACAUCAUACUCGACACUCAACGCAUAGAACGAAUCGAACAGGAAAUCUCCAAAAAUAAGGAAUCAAUAAUAGAAGCUGAGCAGACCCUGGAAGAAGUGAAAAAGGUAGAAGUUGGUCUGCUUCGGAACCUGGAGGACUGGCGCAAUGAGAAACGUGUCCUCCUCUGCCGCAGGGACGAAAAGCUACAGCUUCUUCAGAGAAUAAACCAGAAGAAAAACCAGAUCAUUCGCCGUAAACAGGGAGCUAUUGACCUACAGGAUGAGGAGAACAAGAUGAAGGCCAAAUUGGAGGAAACGGUGAAGAAAAUGGUUGCUGUCACCAUUGAGCGUGGAGAAGCCAUAAAGAAGUCCGUGGAGGAGUGCCAAGAAUAUUAUAAAUUUGUGGGUAAAGUAAAGAGAGCAAUGGCUGAAGUCCAAGCUAUCGAAGAGCGUGUGGCAGCUUCAGAACAAGAACUGGCCAGCUUUGAGGAGAUGCUGGAGAACAAGACACAAGAAGUAACUCAGUAUAAGCUCGAGGCCCAGGGAGCACUGCAAAAGCUCUUCACGGCCCUCAAACUGAACAGCGUCAAGGAAGGUGUCCCAAAGGAGAUACGUGAGCUAGUGAAGAACACCACCUUAGAAGAAACUGAAAAGAAUCUGACUGAAUUUGAGGCUCAUCGUGACUGUCUCAUCAUCGCCAGUGACAGUGAGGUAAAGGAAUUUAAUACACGCGAGGCAGAAGUACAAGUACUGCAGAAGAAGUUGGAUAACACCCAGGUAGCUGCCGACAACCACCAUCGGGAGCUUGAGGAGAGCAGACUCAGGUGGCUGCCUCGCAUCUCUGAACUGAUUGAGAACAUCGACAAGAGUUUCGCACAGUUCAUGGGACGGUUAGGGUGCGCUGGAGAAAUCUCGCUUGACAAAGGAGAAAUGGAAGACGACUUCAGCAAGUAUGGCAUCAUGAUCAAGGUGCGGUUUCGAGACAACGACCGUCUUCGAGAAUUGACCGCUCAGCAUCAGUCCGGGGGUGAACGGGCCGUGUCCACAGCGCUGUAUCUCCUCGCUCUCCAAAGCCUAACGUCUGUGCCUUUCCGCUGUGUGGAUGAAAUUAAUCAGGGUAUGGACCCCAUUAACGAGCGACAGAUGUUGAACAUGUUAAUGGAAACUGUAGCAUCAGAGUGUUCCAGCCAGUAUUUCUUCGUCUCCCCCAAGCUGAUUCCCGACAUGAUAUAUAAUGAUUAUGUCAACGUGAUGGUCGUGUUCAACAGCCAAACAAUGCUGCCACACCGCAAGUUCAACCUGAAGAGACUCCUGAGAAAGAGAACAGAGACCAACAACAGACACAGCAGACAAAAAAGAGUCCGUUAGUACAUCACAUUCAUAUAUUCUCUUACCAUUCAUUUUUUUUAUAUGGGAUAUGUCAGUUUCUUGGACUCCUUAUUAUGUUGGACAGUCCAUUGCGACAAUACUCUUGCCUGGGUGCUACAUUACCCCUUUUUUUGUCGUCUGUAUCUUUGUAACUUCAAACUGUAUGGGGCUGUCACUUGUUAGAGAAUGUUAAAAAAUUACAUUCAUGCACAUUAUAUAUUUUUUUCUCACACUAAGCGGUAUUUAAAUACUGUAGUCGUAAUGUGGUCAUUAACAAUACAGUACCUGGAUCAAUAGAAGAAUCACUACCCUAGCUUAUUUCACCUAAAGAUUAGCCACCCUAAUGCUAACCUAACCUAACCUGACCUAACCAAACAAAACUAAACCCAACUCAACCUAUUCUAAUCUAGUUUAAUCUAAUCUAAUCUAGCCCAACCUGACCUGAUACAACCCAACCCAACCUCACCUCACUCUGCUACUAAACACUUUCAGUACGGUGGUUAAUCUUUAGGUAAAAUAAGAUGAGGUGGAGGUUCUUCAAGUGAUCCAUCUAUUGUUAAUAAAUGAUUGUACACUAUUACUGUACUGUAUAAUAAACAGUGUAAUGAG